CAAUCCCUGUCAGAGGCAGAUGGAUCACUUUCAUUUCGCAGGAUGAUUUCUAACACCACCGAGGAUUCCCCGAGCAGCCGCAGCUCGGCUCGGAGCGGCGAUCGGAAGAGAGUCCUGGGCGUGGAGGGGAGGUUGAAGGCGUGAGAGCAUGGAAGGGGAUGCGGGGACUCCCUCCUAGUUCCAGAGCCAGCGAGAGGCAGGGAGGGAUCCGAGCUCGGGACGCUGCUGGGAAGUGCGAUCAACCCCCCCCCCCCCCGCUAGUUGGGCUGGUUUCUUUGUCUGGAAUUCGCCCCCUUCUCCCUUGGGAUGCUGGCCGUUCGCCCUGUGGAGACUGUGGCUGGGGAUGUGGAAGAAGCUGUGGAAUAAUAUGGGUGGCAAUCACUCCCACAAAACUCCCGUGUUUGAUGAGAAUGAAGAUGUUAAUUUUGAUCACUUUCAAAUACUGCGAGCUAUUGGGAAAGGGAGUUUUGGAAAGGUGUGCAUUGUGCAGAAGAGAGACACCAAGAAAAUGUAUGCCAUGAAAUACAUGAAUAAACAAAAGUGUAUUGAGAGAGAUGAAGUCCGGAAUGUCUUUCGAGAGCUACAGAUCAUGCAGGGCCUUGAGCAUCCCUUCCUAGUCAAUCUGUGGUAUUCUUUUCAAGAUGAAGAAGACAUGUUCAUGGUGGUAGAUCUGUUACUUGGAGGGGAUCUGCGUUACCACCUACAACAGAAUGUGCAUUUUAAUGAAGGAACUGUUAAAUUAUAUAUUUGUGAAUUGGCACUUUCACUGGACUAUUUGCAGAGAUAUCACAUAAUUCACAGAGAUAUCAAACCUGACAACAUACUGCUGGAUGAGCACGGGCAUGUUCACAUCACUGACUUUAACAUAGCAACUAUAGUCAAAGGAUCAGAAAAGGCUUCCUCUAUGGCUGGCACUAAGCCCUAUAUGGCUCCAGAAGUGUUCCAGGCCUUUAUGGAUGGAGGUCCAGGAUAUUCAUACCCAGUAGACUGGUGGUCACUAGGAAUUACAGCAUAUGAAUUGCUGCGGGGUUGGAGGCCAUACGAAAUUCAUUCAGCCACUCCAAUUGAUGAGAUCCUAAACAUGUUCAAGAUAGAAAGAGUUCAUUACUCAUCCACAUGGUGCAAGGGCAUGAUCGCAUUACUGAAAAAGCUCCUCACUAAGGACCCUGAGUGCCGCCUUUCAAGUCUUGCAGACAUUCAGAGCUCUCCGUACUUAGCUGAUAUCAACUGGGAUGCUGUCCUGGAGAAAGCUGUGACACCAGGCUUUGUUCCUAAUAAAGGAAGACUGAAUUGUGACCCUACAUUUGAACUAGAAGAAAUGAUUUUAGAGUCCAAACCCCUUCAUAAAAAGAAAAAGCGACUUGCAAAAAACAAAUCCAAAGAUGGAGCAAAAGAAAGCUGUUCACUGAAUGUACACCUGCAGCAGUGCUUGGAAACUGUGAGGAAAGAAUUCAUCAUAUUCAACAGAGAAAAAUUGAGAAGACAGCAGGAACAGAGUGGGCCGACGUCUAGUUUGGACAGGAGAGCAUCCCUUCAAACACAUGGAAAACUUCAGGAUGGACGCAACAACAACCUACUGGGACAUGGGUGCACAAAAGGCUGCAGCAGCUAGUUAGACACACAUCUUGUUGCACAGUUUAACACCGAAAGGUUCCGUGAAAGCUCGUCUCUGUGCACAGCUUGAUAUUUCACCUUCCCCCCCCCCCCCCCCCCCAGGAAAACUGACUCCUACAAAAAGUGCAAUCCCAUUGCUGAGUACAAAGAUACAAAGCACACAGAUUGGGAGCUCAAUUUACACAGAUGACACUGUUUCUCUUUAGACUGUGCUACCAGAAAAAUGACCAUCAGCAGCAAAAUAAAGGGGGUUUCUAUGUUGACCCUCCUUUUGUAACAUCUUCAAAAUCCUGGAACAAAACUUGAAAGAAUUCAUUUGGACAUAAUCUCCAAGGUUGGCAGGUUUCUGGUUACCUGCAAGAUACAGUUCUAUGUCUGGGCCAGCAUUGUCCUUAAAAUCUUACAUUAUCAAAUGCUAAAGGAAAUACUCUGCUGUCUCUGUUAAUUAAAACAAUCUACUUAAAUUGGAAUAUGGAAUUUUGUGAGACUGCUAAACACAGCCCAAACCAUUUGCCAUCAAGGUCAUAAUGUAUGUAUACAAUGUAAAUAUAUUAAUGUAGUGUGAAAUAGACCAAAUAUCUAAUACUUUCAUUUAACUACCCAAAAUGAGUUGAAAGAGUCGUAGCAUGAAUGUAUUUACAUUGUUCUUUAACUUUAUGCAUUCUGUUUGAUAGUAGAAGAGCUGAUCCUGGUCUCGUUAAAGUCAAUGAGAGGUUUGUUGUUGAUUUUAGUGGAAGCAGAAUCAGACACAUGGAUAGUGUAUUAUUAUGAAGGUGAAAGAUCAUAGGCUGCGCAAGUGAGAACUCAAAAUCUGAGACCUAAAAUUGUUAGAAAUUUGCUCAUGUCCCUAACAUUUAGAGAGAAAGAUGUUGUUAUAAACUGUGAAAAAGUAAUGUGUCUGUUUCCAGUGAUCUGUUCUGGUUAAGAAUUGUCUUGGAUAGGGAAAAAUACAUCCACUUACUUAGGAGUAACACUGAUACAAAACACUUUUUUUAAAAAAAAUUAUGGACACCUCCAUAUAUUUAUAGUAUUUUCAUAAUUUGGUACAUCCACAUUUUGUUAAUGCAUAAUUGUUCUGUGUUGUUGUUUUGAUAUUUUUAAGAUCAACAUCUGUAAGCAAAUCUUCAUUUUCAACUUUAAAAAAAAAUAAAUUAGACUUUUUGGAAGCGAUAAUAAGCAUAUUUUAUUUAAAGUAUUCUAUUUUUAUUGUAUCGAUUAUAGCUUAAUUUUUUUACACAAAUCCUAUUUGUUUUUUAUAAUUGAGUCUAUUUUUAGAUUUGGUUGCACAUUAUAUAUAAUUUUUGGCAUAAAACAUUCAUAAUUUAGAUCCUUGCAGCUUACAAGUCUAGUGUAGUGAAAUAGAAUGAUUUUUAGAUCUAUCAUCUGAAAAUGAUGUUGUUAAUUGCUUAGCUGUGGCAUAGCCUGGAAUAAAUACAGGAUCAAGACGAGGAGCAGAGUUUUUCUGGGCCCAUAGAGGGCAACUUUCAUUGUCCAAAAUAAACCUUUUUGCUUAUA